AUGGAGAAAAUUGGUGGAGCUAUCAAGCUCCAACACAAGGAAGCUAGUAUUGAAGAAGGUCAGAUGGAGCCAAGAAGUACGGGUAUACAUAAUAUUCCAAGACACAAUUUUGUCUUGUGGAUAGCUAUUCAAGAUAGAUUACAAACAAGGGAGAGGCUUGAGAAACACAAUAUUAUUCUUGAUGGUUGCUGUCUGUUCUGCAGAUCACAAACAGAGACAAUGGAGCAUCGUUUCCUUACUUGUUCAUUCCCUUUGGUUUAUCUAAAACAGAUGAAAUGUUGCUUGGAUUGGGGAGCUGAAUCGAGCUCAUUGUGUAAGCUCAUGAGGUGGGUCGAUCGGGCAAAAAUCAGUAGAUUCGGGAAGCUAGUUUUAGCUGCUGCUACUGCAACCCUUGUGUAUCAUCUUUGGCAUGCCAGAAAUGACAUUCUUUAG